CCGAGCUGGAUGGGCGGAAGGGUCUUGGCGCGGCGGGGUCAGGUUGGACCUGCUGGGGGAGGUGCCUCGCUGGGCAGUGGGCACCCGGGCUGCGGGGCUGCUGGGCUGCGGGGCCGCGGGGCUUCAGAACGGUGGGCGCUUUCUUAGGGCCUGGGGAAGGCGAGCGGGACACUCUCGGGUCCAGAGCUGCUGUUAUUCGAGUGAACACCCCCUUCUCCGGCCCACAACUCCAUCCAGCACUGGUGCCACCAUGUCGGCCUACCCCAAAACCUACAACCCGUUUGACGACGACUCAGAGGAUGAAAGUGGACGGCCUGUCUCGUGGAAGGACGCCCGGGAUGUGUCCCGGGGGGCGGACGCCCCAAUGGACAGGCAGCAGUACUUGCGGCAGGAGGUGAUGCGCAGGGCCGAGGCCACGGUCGCCAGCUCCAGCAGAUCCUUGUCGCUCAUGUACGAAUCCGAAAAGGUCGGGAUCGCCUCUUCCGAGGAACUCGUUCGCCAGCGAGGAGUCUUAGAACACACAGAGAGGAUGGUAGACAAGAUGGAUCAAGAUUUGAAGACCAGCCAGAAACACAUUAACAGCAUUAAAAGUGUAUUCGGGGGUCUCGUCAAUUACUUCAAACCCAAACCAGCAGAGAGCCUGCCUGAACAGAAUGGCACCCUUGCCUCCCAGCCCAAUAGCCGAUUAAAAGAAGCUAUAAGUACAAGUAAAGAACAAGAGGCCAAGUACCAGGCCAGCCACCCAAAUCUCAGGAAGCUGAAUGACUCAGAUUCAGAUUCUGUCCCUGGAGGGACUGGUUCUGCCACGAGUGCUGAGACUUACCCAAAGAAUGCACACCUUCGAGCCUGUCACCAGAAGAUUGACAACAAUCUAGAUGAGCUGUCCUUGGGACUGGGUCGGCUGAAAGACAUAGCCCUAGGCAUCCAGACAGAAAUUGAGGAGCAAGAUGAUAUCAUUGACCGGCUCACAACCAAAACAGACAAGCUAGAUGUCGGUAUAAAAAGUACAGAAAGAAAAGUUCGACAACUUUAAAGACACAGAAGUAUUUUUACUCCAUGAUGAUGAAAAGAUUUGAAAGAUUGUUGGAAUGCCCAAGAAGUUUCAUUGCUUGUUUUAGUAUGCAAUUUAAUAUGUUUGCAAAUGUUAGAAUAGAGUGAGUCUUAAGAUUUUGUUAUGAAAAAGUUUGUGCCCCACUUUUUCUUAAAGCCAACAAACCUACAAUUCUCUGAACUGGUUGCUUAGAAUUUCAGCAAUAGGACAGUAGCAUGUCCUGACCCUGAAGACUUUGAACCCUUAAUUACCUUGCUAAAAUAAGAAGAAAAAGUUUUAUUUCUUUCUUUAAUGUGAUAGAAAGAUGGGUAGAAGUUCAGUCUUAAAACCACUAGAUGAAUUUCUCAUGCCUAGGUCUUACCAUGAGCAAGAGUGCUCAGGUACUUUAUGUAGGGGAAGCCUCUUCCCACAACUUGAUUAGCAGCUGCCAACACACACACACACACACACACACACACACACACACACACCUCCUGUCCUCUCCUCCACCUCUUCUUCUUCUUUCCUCCUCCUCCUCCUUCUUCUUCUUCUUCUUCUUCUUCUCCCUCCUCCCUCCCUCCCUCCCCCUCUCUCUCUCUCUCUCUCUCUCUUUCUCUCUCUCCAAAUUGUGAUCCUUUCAGAACACCAAAGAAGGAUCCGCAUUGGAUUCAGAAAUGGAGGGUGCUGGUGUUCUGUGAUAGUCUGUUGGCAGAUGUCAUGUCUUCCCCUCCUGACAUGCAUUUUAGCAAGUGUUUAGACCAGCACUCACUGUGGUUCCUGUAAUGACUAGGGAAUUCUGGGAGCCCUUCUUCUCCAUAAAAUCUCUUAACUCUCCGUCCAUGGUUAGGAACAGGUUCUCCACUAGUUCAGGGCAGCCUGCCUGACAGAGUGGGGACCAACAGAAUGGGUGGGCAUGAAACAUCACAGAGACAUAGCCAAGGAGUGGCCUUCCUCCACAGAAAUCUCUACCCCUCCAGGUGGAGACCUUAGCCAAGCAGUGUUCAUUCAGUGCCUGGGGCUUCCUGACCUGUCCUGAAUCCCUCUUUCCCACUCCUUUUUGCACGUCCUGCAAGGUGAUUUGACUCUGCACUUGUUUCUUUGCCACCCAUUCUUACAAGUAGAGCUUCAAAAAUUAUGACUUUCUAUAGGAUAUGGCUCAAACAAACAAAACACACUAUCUUGUUAACUAACCCAGCUUGUGACUUCCCUUCACUUUACAAAAAAGAAUCAUUUGAAAGCACUAAUUAAAAUUGAUUUCUGCAAUAAAGUGAAUUUCAUUGUGUAUCUAUAAGAAAAUUAA